UGCCUGGAUGUAGGUCCAUUUGAAAUUACUGAGUACGUAAAGAUGGCAUGGCUUAUUUGUUUUUGUGUAUUCGCUGCAGUACUUACAGUCGCGCUUUAUCUAAAGAAAAUCCAUGGCUUUCUGGUGGAUAACAGAACUCCUCCAAACCUUCCUUCUCUCCCAAUUAUUGGGAGUCUUCUGAGCCUAAGGAGUGACAGUCCACCACAUAUUUUGUUUCAACAGCUGCAGAAGAAAUAUGGAGAUAUUUAUUCGCUUAUGAUGGGCUCCCAUAAAAUUAUCAUCGUCAACAGUUAUCAUCAUGCAAAAGAGGUGCUGCUUAAGAAAGGAAAAAUAUUUGCAGGAAGACCCCGCACUGUGACAACAGACAUUUUGACACGAGAUGGGAAAGACAUAGCGUUUGCUGACUAUAGUGCCACGUGGAGGUUUCAUCGAAAAAUCGUACAUGGAGCUCUGUGCAUGUUUGGAGAGGGAACAACUUCCAUUGAGAAAAUAAUUUGCCGAGAGGCGAGCUCUAUGUGUGAAAUCCUGACUAACAUGCAGAGCUGUGCAGUAGACCUGGCCCCAGAGCUGACCCGUGCUGUCACUAAUGUAGUGUGCACCCUCUGUUUUAACUCCUCGUAUAAACGUGGAGAUCCUGAGUUUGAAUCUAUGCUCCAGUACAGCCAGGGAAUUGUGGAUACAGUUGCCAAGGACAGUCUGGUGGAUAUCUUUCCAUGGCUGCAGCUCUUUCCAAAUGAAGACCUCAGAAUUCUAAGGCGUUGCGUCGCCAUUAGAGACAAACUCCUUCAGAAGAAAUAUGAGGAACACAAGGCAGACUUUAGUGAUAACAUCCAGCGAGACCUGUUGGAUGCCCUACUGCAUGCCAAGCACAGCUCGGAGAAUAACAACACAAGCACCCAAGAUGUUGGUCUUUCUGACGACCAUCUACUCAUGACUGUAGGGGAUAUUUUUGGUGCUGGAGUGGAGACAACAACCACUGUGCUGAAGUGGUCCAUUCUUUAUCUGAUACAUCAUCCCCAGGUAAAAGAAAAGAUUCAGGACGAGUUGGACAUAAAGAUUGGGAUGGACCGCCACCCCCAGGUUAAUGACAGAGGAAAUCUGCCCUACCUGGAGGCCACCAUCAGAGAAGUGCUCAGAAUCCGUCCAGUCUCACCACUUCUCAUCCCGCACGUUGCUCAAUCAGACUCUAAUAUAGGAGAGUAUGCUGUACAGAAAGGCACACGAGUCAUAGUCAAUCUGUGGUCUUUGCACCACGAUGAAAAAGAGUGGAAAAACCCAGCGCUAUUUAACCCAGAACGGUUCCUGAAUGAGGAAGGCAACAGUCUGUGCUGUCCAUCACUCAGUUAUUUACCAUUUGGUGCUGGAGUACGUGUGUGUCUCGGUGAAGCUCUGGCCAAGUUGGAGCUCUUCCUCUUCCUGUCAUGGAUUCUGCAGCGGUUCACUCUGGAGGUGCCUGCUGGUCAUCCUCUGCCCGAGCUGCUGGGCAAAUUUGGAGUUGUUCUUCAACCGCAGAAAUAUAAAGUCAUUGCUAGGCUUAGGACAGGCUGGGAAAAGAAGCUACAGAGCCAAGAGUCUGAAUCUGGCUAAUAUGUCAAUCAUUUUCAUUUUAUACUCAGACUACUUUCAAAGAUUUGCUAGUAAAAAAGUAGAAAAAGAGAGAUUUGGUUUUUAUUAGAUACCUCUCAAUCCUUGUGUUCAGUUCACUACUAAGCAAUCGAUGUGCUCAUGGUGCUCACUAGUUGUAUUGACUUUGGGCAGGUGAGACAGAAAAUGCAUCUCUAUUUUCGGGGAACCGCAAAAACACAUGAACCCACUACUAAUGCAUGGAAUUACUCUUAAAAGCAGAUGUUUGUACCCAGGUAUGAGUGCUAAUAAGACAUUUAUAUAGUGUAAUAAUUGGUAAAUGUAGGCAGGUAUUAUAUUGAUAUUUCAGUUUUUGUGCUUGUGCUUUUUCUUGGGCUAAAAUGAUGAAGAUAAUGUGUGCAAUCUAUGCAUUAUACUGUAACCUUUUAUGCUCAAUCAUGUUUAGUAGAGGAAAAAAAUUAGCCAAUCUGCUAUUAAUUACAAGCCAAUAUCAUGAUGUGGCUUUACAUUUCAUUCUUUACACAAUAUGAACAGCAUGUUUUAUUUCUUUUGCAACAAUGGCCUGUUUUACAUUUUUGUCUAAAUUCAGAGAAUAUAACCAUGAGUAAACAGUGAUCACAAAACAAUAUAUGGCAUUUAAUAUUUUUUUUUUAUUCAUAAUGUACAUCAUUUGAUACUCAUUUGGUUGAGGGUUUAUACAAAAUGUUACCCAUAGCAGAAAAUGCAGUUUUAUAAAAAGGCAACUACAGAUACAAAACUAAAAUAUAGUACCAAGUCUCAUGUCAGCGCUAAACUUAAUUAGCAAUUGGCUUCUUAAGCCUUCGUCACCUUCGAGCUAAACUGCAUCGAUUUAGAACAGUGCAAUGACAUCUUACUGCGGCCAAAAAACCCCACAAAAAGUCAUACUGCAACAAUCAACAAAUUUUGAUUUCCUCUUUUUAAACAAUGUGCAUUUUUGGUCUAAAGAUGAAAUUAGAAAAUGAAAAGAACACAUAAGUACAUAACUCUUUACAGUUAAAGCAGCAACAACUUAAAAAAAUAAAAAUAAAAAAAGGAGGAAAAGUGCACAUGAAUGGCACAUGAAUGCUUCAAUGCUUUAGAAUAUAAAGGACUUGAGAACAAGGAAAUUACAGCUUAAAAAUUUUGAACAAGUCUUUAAACAUUUGUUUGCAGUCCAGCAAACUCUGCUUGAGAAGGAAGCUACAGUGUCUGAUGUAUAAUGUUUGCUUAAGAUGUUUGUCUUCCACUUAUUCAGACACCCUCGCCUGGCACUAUCUCUGAGGCCAACGUGUGCCCUUUGAACUGAACACUAUCUAAACACCCUGUAUCGCUGGAAGCCUUAAUGAUUAUUCAAACCAAAGGUCAAAUAAACACACUACCUCGACUGUAAA